CCACUUGAGAUUCUUCCAAUGGAUCGACAUGAUCAGGAACUGCAGUACCAGGUGCAUCACCAGAAAGUGGCAGUUCAGUAUUUGACAACUCUACAGACACAUCGGAAAACUGCUACUUGCUUCAGCUUCGUCACAGUUAAACGCAAUGUGGAUAUCAGUGUCAUACUGCAAUGCACAAACACAACAUUCACAACCUCAACGCCGGUUCCAACAACAACGUCGAGUCUAACAGCAACAACAACAACAACUCCAACUCCAACAACAACAACAACUCCAACAACAACUCCAACAUCCACUCCAACAACACCAACAACAACUCCAACAACAACUCCAACAACAACAACAACUCCAACAACAACUCCAACAACAACUCCAACAACAACAACUACAACAACUACAACAACUCCAACAACAACAACAACAACCAAAUCACCACCAUCAUCAUCAUCAGAAAGCAGUGAAUCAUCAUCAGGAAGCAGUGAAUCAUCAUCGGGAAGCAGUGAAUCAUCAUCGGGAAGCAGUGAAUCAUUGCAUCAAUGCAGUAGAAAGAAAUACUACAGAAGUGGAAGCUAUUGGUGUUGCAGGAAGAAAUAUGGUUCAAGAAGAAGAUGGGGUUGGUGGAGGCUUUGGUGGAGGUGUCGCUGGGGUCGGGGAAGAAGUAACAGACAUCAAUGGAAUCACAACAGGUACAACAGGUACAACAGAUACAACAGGUACAACAGAUACAACAGAUACAACAGGUACAACAGAUACAACAGGUACAACAGAUACAACAGGUACAACAGAUACAACUAUGGACGAGUAAAUGGCUAUCAACCUGUAGGAAGAACCAAUCCACAAGGCAAAAGGAAUUGGAGAGAGUGAAAUACAAACUUUAUUUCAAAAGAAAACUGAAGAGUGAGCGGAGACA